AUGAUUAACACUGCGUACAACCUCAAAUUUUUUAUAACCCCGUCUCAUAUAUUUCUAAAACUUUACGAACAUAAUGAUGGAGAAGAAGACAAAUACUUUUUCUUCGUCCAGAGAGAGAGCCGCUGCGCCACCGCAUUGCUGCCGGCGAGAGACAGUUGGGCUCUAGCUGCCUGCAUUGUCGGAGGAAAUAGUCGAUCUUACCCUUCCGGGCUGUGUUCUACUUGCCGUUUCAGGGGUUUUCCUCUUUUGUCGCUAUGGGUUCUUGAAAAGAUUGAGGAGAGUAAGCAGUCGGAGAAGGGAGAUACCACCGCCGCCGCCGCCACCGUCGUCAACGAGAGGGAAUACAGAUCGAGGGACGGCGGCGAUGACAUCAUCAUUAUGGGUGCUGGAGUGGCGUCGCCCUCGCUUACACUCUCGGAAAGUCCAGAUUGUGUGAAUGAAAUCGACGCUCAGAGGGUAUUCGGGUAUGCUCUGUUCAAGGAUUAAUCAAGGAGGCUGGACUUUUGAGUUGCAAGGUGUGGAAAUUGCCUCCCUGUUCACAGUUUUAACUGUCUGGUAUAUGAGAGUAGUUUUAAUGUAUUAGAGAUUUACGUUUGUGGCUAAUAUUACCAAUUUACCACCUAUCUAAACUCUUUCAUCAUCUAUUCUUGUUUUGAAUCUUUCUGGAAUGAAGAACAGGAAGUAAAUAUAUAUAACUUCGUAAAUAGAUGUUCGGUGGAAAGCUUUCUAUCAAAAUAUUGGACGAAUUUUAGAGGAUGGUAAGGAUCCCAUUGCAGAAGGGCAGAUGAAGAAACCAAGUGCUCGUAUCCAAAGUUAUCAUCUUUUUUCAAGAAAAUCACUAUAUACCUUGGGUACACAUGAUGUAUUUAUAGAUUCUUACCACUUUUUUUUUUUUUUUUACUUUGUGAAUCUUGUGAAGCUCAAUUAGAAGUUGUGAAUGCUUUUGUGUUGUUGAGUUGAUUUGUUCAAAUAA